UGCUGCCUACCAGAGGCUCAAAUGGGCAGAGGCUAGUUAGCUAGUCAGGUGGGCGCUGCUAAGUCAGCUAACUCGCAGGAAAGCAACAUUGUACUCAGUCCUGUGAGGAAAUGGUUGUAACGCAGACGGCAGCCAACACGAAGUGGCUAGCAACAGUCAAGUGAAGUAUCGUAGCAGGUCGUUGCUCGGAUUGUUUUUAAUUAGCUUGGUUUAGCUAACGCGGAAGGCAUCUGCACACAGUAAUCAAUGGUUAGCAUAACGGACAUAAUACUGCGCUCAUUUUAAAAGGCAUUUCUUCCCCAGUAAAGGAUGUCUAAACGCCUGCGGAACACCGAGGUGUGCGCAGAUUGUAGUGUUCCAGAACCUCGCUGGGCCUCGGUGAACAGGGGUGUGUUGAUUUGUGAUGAGUGCUGCAGUGUUCAUCGAAGUCUGGGCAGACAUAGCUCCCAAGUCCGCCACCUGACGCACACGCCAUGGCCUCCCACACAACUGCAGAUGGUGCAGACAUUAUACAGCAAUGGUGCAAACUCAAUAUGGGAGCACUCCCUCCUGGACCCUGCAUCUGUGAUGAGUGGAAAACGCAAGGCCAACCCUCAGGACAAACUCCACCCAAACAAAUCAGAGUUUAUAAAAGCCAAAUAUCAAAUGCUGGCGUUUGUCCAUCGCAUGCCUUGCCGGGAGGAUGACAGCUCAACAGCCAAGGACUUAAGCAAGCAACUUCACUCAAGUGUACGCACCGGUAACCUCGAGACUUGUUUGAGGUUGCUGUCUCUGGGAGCACAAGCAAAUUUUUUUCACCCUGAAAAGGGAAACACUCCCUUGCAUGUAGCUGCAAAGGCAGGGCAAGUAUCUCAGGCUGAACUAUUAACUGUUUAUGGGGCAGAUCCUGGAGCCCCAGACAGCAACGGCAAAACUCCCAUUGACUAUGCAAGAGAAGCUGGCCAGCAUGACCUGGCAGAUAGGCUGGUGGAGAUUCAGUAUGAGCUGACUGAUCGCUUGGCGUUUUACUUGUGUGGGAGAAAACCAGAUCAUAAAAAUGGUCAACAUUUCAUUGUUCCACAAAUGGCUGACAGCAGUUUAGAUUUAUCAGAGCUGGCAAAAGCAGCAAAGAAGAAACUGCAGUCUCUCAGUAAUCAUUUAUUUGAGGAGCUGGCUAUGGAUGUGUAUGAUGAAGUGGACAGACGAGAGACCGAUGCAGUGUGGUUGGCUACACAGAAUCACAGCACCCUGGUGACGGAGACAACUGUGGUUCCUUUCCUUCCUGUGAAUCCAGAGUAUUCAUCAACGCGAAACCAGGGACGACAGAAGCUCGCGAGAUUUAAUGCACAUGAAUUUGCUACUCUGGUGAUCGACAUAUUAAGCGAUGCAAAGCGCAGACAACAAGGGAAUUUAAUGGCCAGCCCCAAAGACAAUGUUGAACUUAUCCUGAAGAGCGUGGCUGUCAGACAUUGUAGUGAUAGCCAGGACAACGACCAGCCUGACUAUGAUAGUGUAGCAUCCGAUGAGGAUACAGAUCAAGAGCUUCCCUCAAGCAAAGGGGAUAGGACCAAGAGCCUGGACUCUGACCUCUCAGAUGGCCCUAUUACUAUGCAAGAAUACAUGGAUGUGAAAAAUGCACUGUCUGUGUCCGAAGCCAAGAUCCAGCAGCUCAUGAAAGCCAACAACAACCUGAGUGAUGAGCUGAGGCUGAUGCAGAAAAAGCUUCACUCUCUGCAAAGCGAGAACACGUCUCUCAGGCGGCAGGUCACAACCAAUAUCUAUCAGAUCCCCAGCGGUACAGACUACCCCGACCCUUCCAGCCCCUCAGCCCUGAAACGGCGGCAGUCUGCGCGGGCCAGUCGGCCCAUGUCUAUGUAUGAGACCGGCUCAGGCCUGAAGCCCUAUCUCCCUAAAGGGGAAACUCCCUACCCAGAGGAGGGUAUCCCCACCCUGCAACCCUUCCCACCUCAUACUGAAAGGGGCGCUUUUGUGACCACCUCUUCAUCCCUCCCCUCAUUUCCAUCCACCCUGUCUUGGUCAAAGGACGACAGUGCUCAAAAGGCCUCAAAGUUUGAGAAGCAAAGCAGCAUGCCAGAAAGUGACUAUGACAACACGUUCAAUGACUCUGAAAUGGAUGAUUCAGGUUUUUCCAGGAGAGGGAGGCUGAGGAGCAGCGGCUGGCUGGGAGAAGGCAGCUCCAUCCCUGAGCUGGAUGACCUGGAGAUGGAGUCAGACCCAACACUUCCCAGCACCGAGGACGUCAUCCGCAAAACCGAGCAGAUCACCAAGAACAUCCAAGAGCUGCUGCGAGCUGCUCAGGAGAACAAGCAUGACAGACCAUGUGAGCGUGAAGGUAUACGUCGGCUCAGGCACAGCCUGGGAUGCUUCAGCACUCUGGUGCCCUGGGCUGAGAAGGCUCCCUCUCCCCUUCAGCCCCUCAGCCUCCGGUCCCCUGACCCCACCUCCUGCUUCAUACCCUGCUCAGAAAGAAUACAUGUGGCUGUGACAGAAAUGGCUGCUCUCUUUCCCAAGAAGCCUCGCUCAGAGACUGUGAGAGGCUCUCUGCGCUUGUUGACCUCCAGUGCUUGCCGGCUUCAGGGUGAGUGCCGGAAGGCGGUGCCUUCAGAGGGCGGCCCGGGACCGGACAUGCAGCUGGUCACCCAGCAGGUCAUACAAUGUGCUUAUGACAUUGCCAAGGCAGCCAAGCAGCUUGUUACCAUCACCACAAAGGAGAAUACCAACUAAGAGCACUUACAGGGCUGCAAAGCCUUCAGCAUCUCAGUUUUGUUUUUAUAGAUAUUUUUAAUGUUUUGUUUUGUAUUUGUGGUAUAUGCAUGCGUCGUUUUUUUAAUUUAUGAAUAAGCAUUGACAAUAUUUAAAGCCGACUUUGGGCGAAGAGACAAGGGGAAAGUCUUUACUUGGGUAUAUCCAGCUAUUAUAGGAGCACAAUUUCUCUCUAACUUCCAGUAUGCAGGCUGGGGAAAUGUCCUGUUUGUAGAUUACUCUUUAAUAAUGAGAGUAAACUCGCUCUAAAAAAAAUCAUAAUGCCACUACCUUGUAUUGAGAGAAGGACUUAAGCACAGUACAGAAAAUCCAAAUGGUGAUACAGGUUAAUGUGAUCAGUCCAAAGCCACACAUGGAUGCUGAAAAGCCAUAAAUGUGUCAUGAAAUCAUUGUCAUUGAAUGCUCUUAUAAACACUUGUAGCUAAAGGAGCUUCCUCUCACUUAUUUCACUGUGUAAACAUCCUCAUACCAUAAAGUUUAAUAUUCAAAAACAAACUGGCCAUUUAGUUAACUUCCAUGAAAUGUUGGGAACUUUGUUUAUGCACAUUUUGUAGCUCUGCAAUGCUAAUGUUUGUUGCAUUGAAAAAACUAUUUAUAUGGUCUGUCCCCUGUCCAGGUGUAAUCCAGUCUGCACUGCACUUAUUGCAGCUAUUUAUGUAUGCCCAUUUGUCAAGUCAAUGAAUGCAAGUAACAGUUGUUCAGGGGCCAAAUUAUAGUCUUCACCAGCACAGAGAUGUUGCUGCAUUAAGUUAUAAUGAUUUGGUGUGUUUCUAACAGGCUCCACGCUGCACCGUAUACUACAGUCUUGUGUGCCAUUUCCCUGUUGGUGAUGUUAAGGUAUUUAGAGCUAAUAGCCACACUGUAUGUAUGUCCAUGUGUUUUGGUCUCUGUUCCAUUGCUGCUAGUUUUGUAUUUAAUGUGCAACAUAUGGGAUAGAGCUCGAGACAUCUCCUGUAUUACUGUGCAACCCAAUGUUCAUUCUCAUCCAGUGUUUCAGAAUUCUUUUUGAAAUCUGGUCAAAGUUAUGUCCCUCUCUGUGCUUAAAUGGGGUGCAGGGAUGUACGUGAUGUAGCUGUUCAGCUGCACUUCGGAAAAAUAAUUAUUUUCUAAAUAAACGUAAUUUAUAAUUAUA